GAUCGAGGCGAAGCACGCAGAGCUGAGGGAGCGUCAGGCCAGAGAGAAAGGACCUCUCCCUGAUGUUGAGGAUGAUUACAUGGACCCCAACUACGCACGCAUCAACAACUUCAGAGACAACUCCUCCCCCUACAGCAGAACCCGCACCCCAUCUCCCCAACGCCCGCCACCCCACGGCCUCGGCCCAGGCCCCUCCCACGGCAACGAGCCAUCCAAUAAGGACCCCAUGGACGGGCUGUACGCCAAGGUCAACAAGCAGAGACAAGCCCCGCCCAUGGCCGACAGUAGUGUGGAUCGUAUCCAGCAGCUGAGGAGAGAGUACCAGCAGGUCUGCAGAGAGGGACCAGCGCCAGUCUAUGAAGAGAUAGAGACCAGACAAAGAGGACCUGAGUACAACCAACACAAGGUGAGUGACUCAUAA